AUGUUACACAAGGCGAGACGUACAUCAGAAGAUGGUUUGUGGAGGUUGAUUGUUGUACGUGGAGACCACAACCAUAAACCAGCUGAGAAUCUGCAUGGCCAUGCCUAUGUCGGUCGCCUUACAAGUGAAGAAAAUGAUAUGGUGGUUAAAAUGGUUGACAACAAAGUCAAGCCAGGUAACAUGCUGCUGGCAUUGAAGAGUGUCAACCCUCAAAAUCUGACUACAUUAGAGAUUGCAACAAUAGACAAGUGGUUAAGCAUGCUUGAUAUAGGCCACAUUAUUGCUACAUUGUACCAGAUUUUGUUCGUGACCUUGUCAGCUAAGGGGCUUCACAUACCUUCUCUCAAUGGUCCAGUGCCACAUCCGUCAGAGUACCAGAUUGUAUGUUUGCUCCUUGUCAACAACAACCAUUGGGUGAAGGCGCAAAUGUCAAGUGACUUUCCUUUGUCGUUGAUUAAUCCACAAUGGCGCUAUCAUUGUACUGUUGAAGCUCGUGGUUGGGAGCGACCAUACCUGGAUCACAUGGCUAGAUUUGUGGAGAACAUACCGCAGAGCGAUGAAGUCGUAGAUCUCGUUGAUAGCUAG